AUGACCCAAACCAAAGUGAAGGAAGUAGAAGACUUCCCUCCUCAAGAUAUCCACAUUCUAAAGGACAUCAGGGCCCCGCCACAACAUCCAGAACCUUUCUACCAAAACUACCAAUCAGAUGUCCCAAUUGCCCUCGAUAUUGGUACAUCAACUUGGAGAAUAGGACUCACCAACUCACCUGAACCAAAUAAUGUAUUUCCGGCAGUUGUAUCCAGAUAUAGAGACCGUCGUGCAAUGGCUACUUUAACCAUUAUUGGGAAUGAUGUAUUUGGUGAUCCAGCAUUGAAAUCGACAAUGAAGACUCCGUAUGAUGGUCCAUUGAUAACUAAUUGGGAUUACAUUGAAUAUAUGUUAGAUUAUUCUUUUGAGCAUUUGAUUACUGGUCCUAGUGAUAAUGGGAGAGUUAAUAAUCCAAUCAUAAUGACUGAACCUUUGACUUGUCCUUUUAAUCAAAGGAAAUAUAUGUAUGAAUUAUUAUAUGAAGCUUACCAAGUUCCAAAAACAGUUUUUGGUAUUGAUUCUUUGUUUUCUUAUUAUGCUAAUUCUUCUGGUCAUUCAGAUGGGAUCGUUAUUGGAGGUGGACAUGAACUGACUUGUGUCAUUCCAGUCUUACAAGGUAGAGGAAUAAUGUCGCAAGCUAAAAGAAUAGAUUGGGGAGGUGAUCAAUCUCAGCAAUUCCUUUCUAAGUUAUUAUCUUUGAAAUAUCCUUAUUUCCCCACUAAAUUAAAUUCUCACCAUACUACUAAUUUAUUCAAAGAUUAUUGUUAUAUCCUGGAAAACUAUCAAGAAGAAUUGAAACAUAUUUUGGAUAUGGACGUUCUUGAAAAUGUCGAUGUUGUCGUUCAAGCUCCAGUUGAAAUAAAUGUCAAUCCCGAAAAGAAGAAAUCAGAAGAAGAAUUAGCCAAACAAGCACAGAAACGUAAGGAACAAGGUAAAAGAUUACAAGAACAAGCACAACAAAAACGAUUAGAGAAGCUUGCUCAAAAGAAAGAAGAAUGGGAAUAUUAUUCAAAAUUCAAGGAAGAAACUGCCGAUUUACCAAAAGAAGAACUUGAGGCAAGAUUAAUCAAUGAUGGAUUUGACGAUUUGGAAGACUUUAAUAAAUAUAUGACUUCUCUUGAACGUUCAGUUAAAAAAGCAGAACAAGGAGGUGACGAUGAAGAAGAACAUGUUGACGUAACAAGUGCAUGGCCACUUGUGGAUAUCCCUGAUGAUCAAUUAUCCGAAGAACAAAUCAAAGAAAAGAGAAAACAAAAACUUCACAAGGCAAACUAUGAAGCCCGUGAACGGACCAAAGAACUCAAAAGGCAGGAAGAAGAAGCUAGAAUACAAUUCGAAAAGGAACAACAAGAAUGGCGUGAACGUGAUUUAGAAGAUUGGUGUACAACCAAACGAAUUCAAUUAGCUGAAACCAUAAGUAAAUAUAAAGAAAGACAAAAACUUCGAGAAUCAUUCAAAGAUAGAAAAUCAGCCGCUGCCCAACAACGUAUGAAAAAUAUUGCCGAAUUAGCUAAUGACGAAACUGGUUCCACAUCUGCAGUAUCAAGAAAAAGACGUCGUAAUGCCAAUACAACAAUCGACAACGACCCAAAUGACACUUUUGGUGCCAAUGAUGAUGAUUGGAGUAUAUAUCGAGACAUCACCAACACCAGCAUCGAGGAAGAAUUAUCCAACCUCUCCACCCAAAUCACAGCCAUCGAAGAAGAACUCUUAAAACACGAUCCAAAUUUCUUUCAUGAAGAUACUUUUGCCGCAGCAACUACUUUUGAUUGGAAGAAUCUGGUAUUACACAAAUUCAUCCAUGGCCCUAGACCAAAUAUAACAAUCGCCAUGCAGGCAGAAGGACCUGAUCCAGAUGAAAUCGCAAACCAUCCGGAAAUCAUCCGCAAAAAUCAUCAAAUUCAUCUUAAUGUCGAAAGAAUUAGGGUGCCUGAAAUCCUCUUCCAACCAAAUAUUGCGGGAUUGGAUCAGGCGGGUAUAUCGGAGCUUCUGUCCGAUUUGGUGAAUAGAAGAUUGGAUGGGGUUUUUAGACCCGGUGGUCAAUCAUAUAGUGUGGUACAGGAUGUGUUUGUGACUGGUGGAUUGGCGUUAUUGCCAAAUUUCACCAAUAGGUUGACUAAUGAUUUCAGGAGUUUUUUACCAGUGGGUACUCCGUUGAAGGUUAGAAUGGCUAAGGAUCCAUUGUCGGAUGCUUGGCAUGGAAUGCAGAAGUGGGCUGGAAGUGAGGAUUGUGAGAAGGGAUAUGUUACCAAGGCCGAAUAUGAGGAGUACGGUCCUGAAUAUAUUAAAGAACAUGGAUUGGGGAAUGUUUGUUUACGUUAG